GGUACUCGGACCUGUCGGAGCUGUGCUCACAAAGGUCACGGGCCUCGUCCAGACGGCUGGUUGGGAUCCCCAGGGACUGUUCCUUCCCCUUCGUAUAAACGCGCGGUGUAGCUGAGAGGAGGCUCUGUUCUGUUGGAUAAAUGGCAAGCAAAAAGCGAGAAAUCCAGUUACAGACAGUCGUUAAUAGUCAAAGCCUGUGGGAUGAGAUGUUGCAGAACAAAGGCCUAACAGUGAUAGAUGUUUACCAAGCCUGGUGUGGACCUUGCAAAGCAAUGCAACCUUUAUUCAGAAAACUGAAAAACGAACUGAACGAAGAUGAACUUCUGCAUUUCGUUGUCGCAGAAGCUGACAACAUUGCAAUUUUGCAGUCAUUUAGAGAUAAAUGUGAACCUGUUUUUCUCUUUAGUGUUAAUGGCAAAAUUAUUGCCAAGAUCAUUGGUGCAAAUGCCCCACUUGUUAAUCAAAAAAUUAUUAACUUGAUUGAUGAGGAGAGGAAAAUUGAAGCAGGUGAAAUGGUUCGCCCUCAGUAUCAUGAAAUUGUGUUUGUGGACUCAGAUGCGGAAGAUGGUGAGGAAUCACCCUAUGAAAGUGCCGAGCAACUAUACAGUAUUGCUAUUAUCAAGCCCGAUGCUGUGAUUGCUAGAAAAUCUUUAGAAAUUAAAAAAAAAAUUCUCGAGGCAGGAUUUGUCAUAGAAAUAGAGGAUAAGAGAGUGCUCACUGAACAGCAAGUAAGGGACUUCUACAGUCGACUAGCAGACCAGCCUGACUUUGAAGAUUUUGUCCUUUUUAUGACAAAUGGCCUGAGCCAUAUUCUAGUGAUAUCUCAAGGAAAUGAAGAACAGCCUGUCUGGGAAGAAACUGAACCCAAUCCCGAGACUGAAACUAAGGUGGAUGAGGAUCAUCACCAUGAGGUGGCCCCACCUACGCUGAGGAAGGAGAAACGCUACAGUUUACAAGAAUAUCUGGAAAGACAACAUAUAUCUCAGCUCUGUGAUAUUGAAGAGAGUAUAGCUAACGUUAAUAAGUUUAUUGAUAUGUUCUUCCCUGAUUUUAAAAGUAUGAAAAACCUCAAAUUAGAAAAGAUCCUGGCAUUACUUCGACCAGAUCUCUUUCAAGAAAAGAAAGAGAACGUUUUAGGUAUCAUCCAUGAUGAAGGCUUUAAAAUACUGAUGCAGAGACCAAUCGUAUUGUCAGAAGAGGAAGCACAAACGCUGUGCAAGGAAUAUGAAAAUGAAGAUUAUUUUGAAAAUCUUAUAAAAAAAAUGACCAGCGGUCCAUCUCUAGCCCUUGUUUUAUUGAGAGACAAUUGUUUACAACACUGGAAAGAGUUAAUUGGGCCCAGCAGUGUUGAAAAAGCCAAGAUAUCUCUUCCAGAGAGCUUAUGCGUGCAAUUUGCAGUGGAAGGUUUGCCUAUCAACCAGUUGUAUGGAAGUGAUUCGUUAGAAACUGCUGAAAAGGAAAUACAAUAUUUCUUUCCCCCUCAACAGACUUUAGCACUGAUUAAACCUCAUGUAACACAGGAACAAAGAGAGGAGAUCUUGAAAUAUAUUAAAGAGUCUGGAUUUGAAAUCACACAGAUGAAGGAAAUGCUCCUAAAUGAAGAAGCAGCAGACAAAAUUUACUCAAAAAUAAAAACAAAAGACUUUUAUAAAGAUGUACUGGAAGUGUUAUCUGAAGGUCUGUCUUUGGUCAUGAUUCUGACCAAGUGGAAUGCUGUUUCAGACUGGAGACGAUUGAUGGGUCCUGUAGACCCAGAUGAAGCAAAACUACUGUCCCCAGAUUCUAUCCGAGCCCAGUUUGGAACAAGUGUUUUGAAAAAUGCUGUCCAUGGAUCAUCUAAUAUCCAUGAAGCAAUGGAGACCAUCAAUCAAAUGUUUGAAGUGUUGGUUCCCGAGAACCCUGAGGGAAACUAAAAACUUUGAGAAUAUAAUGCAUGUAAGAUCGCACUGACAUACGAGCAUGUGGCACAGCUUCCUGGGAGGAAUAAAACGGAAGAUACUCUCUGGA